AUGGCCCCCUCCGACGAUAUCCGGGUCGGAGACCAGGUAAACGUCCCCGGGGGCAUGUAUGGAACCGUUCGAUUCGUGGGAACCGUGAAUGGCAAGCCGGGCCGUUUUGCAGGAAUCGAGCUGGCUGCUGAACAUGCCGCCAGGGGGAAGAACAACGGAGACGUCGACGGGCGAAACUAUUUUACAACGUCCAUUCCCGGUGCUGGCAUCUUUGUGCCCAUAAAUAACUCGAAAUAUGUCACCAGAAGAAAUGUUGUCACGCCUCCCACUCCAUCACGGCCGUCGCUUGCAACCAACUUUAGCAAGUCAGUUGGUCCGGCGUCAGUGGCACGACCACGAGUCCGUCGCCCAUCCUUGCCUCGACCUGAGUCGCCGCGAAGUGCACCGUCUACAAAACUCAACUUUGGUGCCUUGCGGAGUCCCUCUACUACGGUUUCGAAGCCUAUGUCGGCCGGUUCUUUAGGCCCUGGUGGUUCUAACGGCUAUCCUCGCAGUCCUCUGAAACCGCCUUCAAGAUUGUCGGAUCGACCUCCUUCCCGAUUUAGCGUGGAAGACGAAAGCCUUCCUCCCCCCGUAUUUGCAAGGUCUACAUUUGGUAGACCGAGUAGUAGUGGUGUCGGAGUUGGUGGUGGUGGUGGCGGCGGCGGCGGUCCUGAAACACAUGAACUACAAGAAAAAAUUAGAAAGUUGGAACAGGAGCUGCAAGCCCGUGACAGGCAACUCGACGAUCAAGCAUCUGCUCUUCUAGAGCUACAGCAGAGCAUCACGGAACUGGAGGGGCAAGAUGGCGCCUCGAUGCGAACUCAACUACGUGAGAAGAACGAAAAAAUUGCGCAGUUGACAGCAGAGUUUGAUAGUCACCGCGCUGAUUUCCGCAGCACGCUAGACACCCUGGAGGUUGCCGCUACAGAGACAGAAAGAGUGUAUGAGAAACGUCUGGACGAGCUUAUGCAGCAGAACCGCGAAUUGCAAGAUCGUGGGGAAGACGUGGAGGCGGUAGCUCAACAAUUGAAACAGCUGGAAGACCUAGUUUCCGAGUUGGAGGAAGGUCUAGAAGAUGCCCGACGUGGCGAAGCAGAAGCACGAGGCGAGGUAGAGUUCUUGCGUGGAGAGGUAGAGCGAGCGCAAUUGGAAUUGCAGCAGGAGCGGGAGAAGUCGGCAGCUGCAUUGAAGGAAGCUGAGGCCCGUGGGAACAGCCGAGAACUGGAUCAAAAGGAUGACGAGAUUAGGGGUCUGAAGGCUAUAAUCCAUUCCCUCAGUCACGGCGACAUGAAUCCAGCCAUGUUCAGUCCCAAUGGGACUUCUCAUGGCGAAUCGAGCGCCCAGGACGCUGAAAGGAUUUCUCAGCUAGAAGAGCAAAUAAAGGAACUGCAAGGUGUUGUGGAGACUCGGUCAAGUCGCAUAGAGGAGUUGCAAAAGGAGCUCAGCCAGGAUAAUCAGAAUCGCAACUCCAUCGGGCGGAAUUCUUCAGGGCGCAACUCUGCAGGACGGAACUCGGUUGGAUGGCUGAACGGAGCAAGAAGCCGAAGUGGAACCGUCACGAUCGCUCCGCUCAGGCAGAUGAAAUCGUCUCACUCCGCUAGAGGAAGCCGCAGCAGCAUUAUAGUGAGCCAUGGGCACAGCUUGUCAGACAAGACUGUAGUGCCACCGGAUUGGCAUGAAGGAGCCAACAACGCGGAGCAUGGCCUUCUACCGAUGACUACCUAUCAAACACUGACCAGUCACCGGGAGGACAAUGAUGACUCUCAUGAUUCUGAUGUUCAGUCCUCUGAGGGCGGUUCUCUGUGGUGUGAGAUUUGUGAGACCAAGGGGCAUGACAUUCUUACUUGCACGACAUUCGGUGGUAGCGGUACGACUACAGACAACAAUACUACCACAACCCAACACUAUGAAGCAAAGGAGCAUGACUUUGAUGAACGCCUGCAGAACGAGGUGAAAGAGUCAGUAUCAGUGGAAACUCCGAGCCGGGCGGAGUCUCCCGUGGAUGGGCAUUCGCACGAGGUGAAACAAGAGCCCGCACGGAUUCCUUCUCCGCCGAUGAAAACCGGUCGUGAUGCGGCUCUUGAGGGAUUAAACGGCAUCAAUGGAUUGACGUCUUCAACGGGAGCUGUAGCUGGUAAAGCUUCAGGGGUGGUUGACGAGAGCAAAUGGUGUGCACUAUGCGAACGCGACGGCCAUGAGAGCAUUGAUUGUCCGUUUGAAGAGUGA